ACGCGGUCCGUCACAGCCCUGCCACAGCGCAGACACCAUCACCACCAUCUCCGGCUUGUGAAUUUAUGUAAAAAAAAAAAAAAGAAUGAAUAAGCAAAGGAAAUAUGAAAUUGUGCACAUGUAGGCUUUAUUCGGCCCGGCAUGGAAAGCAGCAGCGGUAGCAGAAUUCGUAUGGGAAUCUGUGUGUGCGCGCUCCCGCUCCUGCGCCCGCGCCCGCGCUCACUGGGGGAUUUAACCACGGCGCUCGAAUCAGUCUGACGGUAGACGUUUUAUAGCCAAGGAAUAUUCUUUUUUUUAAAAAGAGCACACAUAUUGAAUUCUUUGGUUUCAGGUGUCUAGUGGAAUGUCAGCAAUUAAUUCAUUGGGCUGUUUGGUGUUAUGAGGAAUAAAUAGUAAGCAGCUUUUGUUCGCAGCCGCCGGUGUGUACAUACAAAACGACAGCACGGCGGCGGAAGAUGCCUCAUACCGGGUUUUACCUGAAGCUGUUUUUUUCACCUUGAGAGAACGGCUUUUUCACCUGCUGAAUCUAUAUUACAAGACGGUUAAGCAGAGAACAGUUAAAUGGAGAUGGAUAGAAGAAACAUACUAACUAAAAACUGACAUAAUCAAAAGACACCAGCAAGUGUUUUUUUAUGUGCCUGUAAACCAGGCCAAAAAAAGGGACCCGAAAGGGGAGUAUAUUGGUCAUGGCAACCGACCCAGGAGAGCCAACCGGCACGGAGGAGUCAUCUGGAGAGAAACCUGACGGAGAGAGGGAGAAAGGGGACGAGUGGACAGGGAACCAGUCAGCGAGCCAAAGGGAGAGCCAGACACAGGAGAGAGGGCCUGGACAUGAGGAAGUCUCAGGAGCAAGAGCAGCAGAAGUUGUUGGAGAAGAAGGUAAAGUCAGCAAGGCGCAAGAGGAAACAUCUAAUCCGAAGCGUGAGAACAAACGCUUCUUUCGGAAGAGCGUGGAGCUCUGUGAGAAGGAUGAGCCCGUAGAGGAGGAUGGCAUCCCUCACCCCGAUGCUUCAGACUGUGUCUUUGGUGGUGGAGCUCAGCACGGGGCGACUGAUGGAACUCACAGAGGUGGCCUAGAACUGGUUAAAGGUGCUUCAUCUGUACCCAGACGAAAGAGAAAAGAGGAUGAGUCUGAGCAGGAGGAGGAGGCUGAGAUGAAAGCUGUGGCUACGUCACCUGGUGGCCGUUUCCUAAAAUUCGACAUCGAACUUGGCCGGGGAGCUUUUAAGACGGUUUAUAAAGGCUUGGACACAGAGACGUGGGUGGAAGUGGCCUGGUGUGAACUACAGGAUGGAAAGCUGACCAAGGCUGAGCAGCAGCGCUUCAAAGAGGAAGCCGAGAUGCUAAAAGGCCUGCAGCACCCAAACAUCGUGCGUUUCUACGACUUCUGGGAGUCGACCGUCCGAGGAAAAAAGUGCAUCGUUCUCGUCACAGAGCUCAUGACCUCCGGAACACUUAAAACGUACCUUAAGCGCUUUAAGGUUAUGAAGCCGAAGGUGUUGCGCAGCUGGUGCAGGCAAAUCCUGAAGGGUCUGCAUUUCCUGCACACGCGUACGCCGCCCAUCGUGCACCGUGACCUAAAGUGCGACAACAUUUUUAUCACAGGCCCCACAGGCUCAGUGAAAAUCGGUGACCUAGGCCUGGCUACGCUCAUGAGGACCUCCUUUGCCAAGAGUGUGAUCGGUACCCCAGAGUUCAUGGCCCCAGAAAUGUACGAAGAACACUAUGAUGAGUCUGUGGACGUCUAUGCCUUUGGCAUGUGCAUGCUUGAGAUGGCUACAUCUGAGUAUCCUUAUUCUGAGUGCCAAAAUGCCGCUCAGAUCUACCGCAAGGUCACCAGUGGGAUCAAGCCGGCUAGUUUUAAUAAAGUGAACGAUCCAGAAAUCAAAGAGAUCAUCGAGGGCUGCAUUCGGCAGAACCGAUGCGAGCGGCUUUCCAUUAAGGACCUGCUCAACCAUACCUUCUUUGGCGAGGACACAGGUGUGCGAGUGGAGUUGGCGGAAGAGGACACGGGCAGUCAGGAUUGUUUGGCAUUGCGCAUUUGGGUGGAGGAGCCUAAAAAACUGAAGGGCAAGCACAAGGACAAUGAGGCCAUCGAGUUCAGCUACAACCUGGAGAAUGACAGCGCAGAGGAAGUUGCAUUAGAGAUGGUCAAGUCUGGGUUUUUCCAUGAGAGUGACGCAAAGGUGGUGGGAAAGUCAAUCCGAGACAAGAUAACUCAGAUUAAGAAAUUCCGGGCAACGCGACAACAGCGAACCCUAGAGGAAAGGCGAGAUUCUGCUUUGGCUCCUGUUUCCGUCACCACUAGUUAUACUUCUUUCCCCUCUUCCUUGGGCCCUGGGGCUUCUGUAGUUCCUACUGCUGCCACUCUGGGCAUCACUGGGGGGCACAGGGAGGGAGAGGACCUGUCAGAGGUGGAGCAACACACCCGACAACAGAUCCCCAUGAACAACACACAAGGCCUAAUAGAAAUGGAGAACCUCUCUGCAAUUAGUGGAGAACCAUUUUCUUCUGCAGGAGACUCUGGGAUCUCUUUUGCUAACACACAGACCAGCUAUCCCACUGGAACAUCUUCACUGGCCCCAUAUCCCACAGAUAUAACACAAGCAGCACUUCCCCAACCAGGCGAGGCAGUCACUUCUCAUGCUCCUCUUAUACACGCACAGUCAUACUUAAACCCAGUUUCACCCCAGGCCUCCAUUAGUAUUCUUUCUGCAGACCCAAUAAGAUCAUCUUUAAGCAACUUGAUGCCACAAAAUAAACAAAUCCAGCAUAACACUGCCCCUCUGCCACAAACUGAAAUUUUGCCCCAACAAAUGGCAGUUCAACAACAACAUCAGGUAGUUUUGGAUCUGCAGACUACAUUGCUACAACAGCCACCAACAUCAUUACAACAGAUGGAGCAAAUUAAAAAACAGGGGAUAUCAAUUCAACAGCCCCCUACUUCAGCUGGAAUGUCACAACAGCAGAUAGAGAAUGCACAGUUAGUUCUGCAGGAACAGCAGUUGCAGUCAAGUGUCUCACAGCAACAAUAUAUACUAACCCAUCAACAGCAGACUCUGGUGCACCCUCAGCAGAUAGAUCCACAGCAACAGGUAUAUGCACAACAAUCAGCAGGAGUACCUAAACCACAGCAGUCUGUAAUUCAACAACAGGUCCAACGGAAAGCCUCCAUUCAGCAACUCUCAAUGGAACAACAGCAGGACCCGCAAUUGUUGCAACACCACCAUCAACAAUUGUAUGUGCAAUGUCAUGCUGAAAACCAAAAUGUAGCCAUGAUGCACUCAACUCCCCCACAGUUACCACUUGCAGAGCAACAACAAACAGUUCAAAGUAUACAGAAUAUGGAACAGCAGAACCAACAUCAAAUAUAUUCACAACAACAGAUAGGGCAGCAAGAGAAACCAAUUCCAAUACAACACCAGAAUUCUAUAGUGGCACAGCAGAUGGAGCAACAGAAUCCACCAUUGUUGCAGCAAGUACAGCAGCAAGCUAUUUCACAACCGACAGGGGAGCAGCAGCAGCAGCAACAACAGCAGGCACUAAUGCAGCAGCACUUGGAGCAACAAGAAGCUAUGUUGCUACAACAGCAAAUAAUUCUACAGCAACAGCAUUUUGAACGGCAGUCUUUAUCACAGAAAAAUCAACCAUAUUUAGAAUAUCAGAACCUGCUAUUACCACAACAACAGACAGAACAACAGUCACAACAAUUAGAGCAAGAGGCUUUAUUACAGAAGCUAGAACAACAGCAAAAUCAAGUUUUUUUACAACAUGUUCAGCUCCUUCAACAGCAACAGCAAUUAGAGCAAAGUCAAAAGCAGCACCAAAUAGAUCAGCAGCAGAGUUUACUACGUCAGCAAAAGCUUGAACAGCAGCAGCAGUCUGUAUUGCAGAACAUUUCACAACUUCAGAUGCAGCAGCAAUCUGAGCAACAAGCUUUUCAGCUACAUAUUGACCAACAGCAGCAUAUAUUAGUACAACAACAGAGAGAAUUACAGAUGCAACAGCAGGUUCUUAUACACCAACAACAACAGCAAAAUACAGAGUCACAGCAGGCACUACCCAACCAAAACCAGGAAAAGGAACGAUUUCAGCAAGCUUUAUUUUUACAAAAGCAACAUAGGGACCAGCAAGCUGUAAUUCUUGAGACGGUUCAACAGCAGCAGCCUGCUUUAAAUGAGCAGCAACAAGAUCAGCAGCAAGCUGUAUUUUUUCAACAGCAAAAACAGUUGAGCCAACAAGUACCUCUUGGGCAACAUCACGGUGGACAACAGCAAGCUUCUACUAUUGACAUUGUUCAACAGCAGAAUCUACUUAAACAACAGCAGGAGCAACAACAUCUUCAACAGCAAGCUUUAUUUUUACAACAAAAUCAACAGCUGGACCAGCAAGUAGCCCCUGUGCAGUCUAUUCAGAAACAGGGUUUGCUCAGUCAACAGCAGGAUCAGCAGCUUCAACAGCAAGCUUUGUUUUUACAACAGCCAAGCCAACAAGUAGGCCUUGGGCAAAAUCACAGUGGACAACAGCAAACUGUUACUCUUCAGACUGUUCAGCAGCAGGCUCUACUGAGGCAACAGCAGGACCAGCAGCACCUUCAGCAGCAAGCAUUGUUUUUACAACAACAACAACAACAACAGUCAAACCAACAUGUAGUCCCUGGGCCACAUCACAGUGGACAACAGCAAGCUGCUACUAUUAACAUUGUUCAACAGCAACAGCAGAAUCUACUUAAACAACAGCAAGAGCAACAACAUCUUCAACAGCAAGCUUUAUUUUUACACCAGAAUCAACAGUUGGACCAACAAGUAGACCCUGUGCAGCAACAUAGUAGGCAACAGCAAACCAUAAGUCUUGAGACUGUUCAACAGCAGCAGCAGAUUUUACUUCAGCAUGAGCAGCAGCAAGCUUUGUUACUACAACAGCCCCUUCAGUCGGAAAAAACUGUUACUCAACACAAAGCAGAGCACCAAACUGUCCUUUCUGGGCAGCAAGAUGGAAUUUCGGUUAUAGAGUCACAAGUAACAACUGGUGCUCAGUCAUCAUCACAAAUGAUUAGUUCCCAAAUUUCAAGUCAGUUACAAGCCCCCGUACACACUGACCAACAUGCACUGACUCUGUCAGCACCUCAGGCUCAAGGUCCAAUACAACAAGGUGAUGCAUUACAAAUGCAUAGUCAAACUCCUUUACAGCCCCACAGUCUCUCGGCACCACAAUCUGCAAGUUCAUCUGUAGCACAGACUAGCGCGAUUCACAUGGCAUUUCCGAUUCCAGUACAGAGACAGGAUUCAGCACAGCCACAAGUACAUUCCCAGGCAUAUGUCACAAGUGAAUCACAGACUCAAAUGAUUGUACAGGGACAGAAUCUUCAAGCUCAAGUUAUGCCACAUCACUCUAUAACCCCUGUUCUUUGUCAAGUUCCAGGGAUACCAGCAUCAACUCAAAUAUCAAACCAAAUUCAGUCUCAAGUUCAGGCCCCUUCUGCCUUGCAUACAGUGCAGUAUCUUCAUACCCCACAACUCGGUCAACACACUAUUCAGCCAGUGCAAAUUGAUUUUACACAAGGUGCAAAGCAUCAACAACAUCAGUAUCGGCGAAUGGUUUUGUCUCCAGUAACGGUGCCAACUACCAUUGCUGUGUCCGCAGGUACUGUAGCUCCUGCCACAGUACCUACCACACAGCAGUACUUACAGCAGACCGGUCAGGCUCAAAAUCAAGUUCAAGCACAGACACAGCCUGCCCUGCAGGGACAGCAACAGCCAGGUGGCAUCACUCUUCAGACUGCCAUGCAGCCUAUAUCCCAUGUGCAGCCCAAAAUGAUUCAACAGUAUGAACAGCAACCACAGCAAAUCCAACAGUUGCAGCAGCAACCAGUACAGCUUCAGGUUCAGGCCCAGAUUUUGUCGUCUAUUCAGCAACCUCCACCAUCCCACCAAACUGCUGUGGCUCUAGAUCUCAACCAACAGUCAUCUCCUUUAUCAUCCACUUUGCACCCUGGUGUGGCAUCACAAAACUUACAAAGGGAAGCCUGUCAAACACAAGUUCAGACUGCAGCACUUUAUAGUCAUGCUGUAGCAGGCCUACCACCUUCCCCACAACAUCAGCCCCAAUCAAUCUUGCUUUCCCAUGCUUACAGCCAGACAUGUACUCAGUCACAGGCACAUCCCCACAUACAAACACAUGUGCAAUCACAGGCUCAAUCGCAUGCAGACAUGUACGCUGAGACUGCAGGCACCUCUGUGCAGCCACUGUAUUCUCAGGUUGCCCUGCAAUCCCUGCAGAUAACCUCCAGCCCAUCUCAUACGUCCCUCAACAGUACCAACUUAUCAGGCUCCCACCUUGCCCCCACUGCUUCAGAAGUCCUCGUGCCGGCUGAAACACAGCUAAGCCAGGCUGGGCUAAACAAUAUAGUUCCUUCCCUUCCUCUUACCAGUGCACAGCUCCCCGGUUCUAAUGGCACUGCCCUUCCCUCAAACUUACUGGCAGACUGUGACCCUGCAUUGUCGGGCAUUGCACAGGGGAGCCCAAACCAAUCUACCAACCGACAUUCUUUAGUAGGCUCUACUCUAGUCAGUAAAGACGACUCUCCAUUACCCUUGAUUAAUGGAAAGCUGGAAAAGUUAAAGACUCAACGCAGGUCUUCUUACCAACGGCCUGAGAGAGCCACUCACUUUCAGCUGACCAUGCUGCAGGUGUCAAACACUGGCGAAAACAUGGUGGAGUGCCAGCUCGAAACUCAUAGUAACAAGAUGGUCACGUUCAAAUUUGAUAUUGAGGAAGAUGCACCUGAAGAUAUAGCGGAUUACAUGGUUGAAGAGGACUUUGUCCUUGAAUCAGAGAAGGAAAAGUUUGUAGAGGACAUGAGGUCUAUAGUGAAGAAAUCCCAGGAGAUCCUUAGCACUCAGUCAAAGAAUGGAUCUUCGGAGCAGCUACAUGUAAGCACUCCAUCAAGUUCUACAGACUCUGCCCCUCAGUCUUCUCCAGUGGGUCGCUGGCGAUUUUUUAUUAAUCAGACCAUUCGUCAUCGUGACUCCCAGUCUAAUCGUGAAGUCUCCACUCCAUCACCAGCAGAGGAGAACCAGGGCCCGAUUGAGCGAGCUUCAGACCAUGAGGAUUCGCAGUACUCAGAAGCUCUGCCUGGAGUACGUUUUUCUCCAUCCUUACUUCCAGUGUCCUCUGUUCCUCCCUCUACUGUAUCUGUACAAACUUUGGGUCCUGCUGUCUCUGUUCCUCCCUCCACUGUGUCUGUCCAAACCUCGGGGCCUGCUGUCUCUAUUCUUGGUACGACUACCUUGGACUCCACCAGCUCUGUUCCAGCAAAACUAAACAUGUCUCCAGGAGAUGCAGUCAUGCAAGACAUAGGUUUUACAACCACUACCCAAGCCACAGCAUCCAAUCAAGCCUCUUCAUUUCAAGUUACAGCCCCUCCUGUAGCUGAUUAUAUCCAUCCCUUUGCAUCUAGCAAGGAUAUGAGCUUUGGAUCCAGUUUUGGUGUAGGUUCUGAGGAUGCUGCUUCUAUAGUGCAAAGCAUGCCUGAAGAUCAAACACCACUCUCUGACAAUUUGUCUCAGACCACUAUGCCUUCUUGCAUGUUAAAUCAAGGGGAACAAGUGCAGCAACUGCAGCAGUUACCCCAAUUACCAACAAUGCAGAAACCUGAAAUGCUGCAGCAUGGACUGCAAACUCAACCACUCACAGAAGGCUAUUUGCUUCAGCCUCCGAAGGGAAACACUGAUCAAUCACAGAUGCAGCAACAGCUUUUGUUACAGCAACAACAGUUGCUACAGACAAAGCCGCAGGCAUCACUGCCUCAGUACACCACCUAUGACAAACUUUCUUCAACCUCAGAGCAAAAGACACAGCUCUGUCAAGCUGAGCAUCCAGCAUCUCAUUUCCAUCCAGUGCAACAGUCAAUUCUACAGCAAAUCCCAUACCAACAGGCACAGUCAGACCUUCCAAUGGAUUCACUAUGUCAGCAGAGUGUCCACUUACAGUCACAGAUGGAACAAAUACAGUUGCCUGGUGUUGUGCAGCAGCAGGCGGUUCCACUGCAGCAGUAUGUACAGCAACAGGAAACGGUGUUGCAGUCUGAAGAACUGACCAUGCAGUCGCAGCAAAAGUCAGAAAUGCAAGAACCCACACUAAAUAGAGUACAGGUGCAGUCAUUGAUUUUGAAUCAGUCUACUCUUGAGGAAAAACAACCUCAGCCCAAGCUAGAGCAGGUGCCUCAGCCUGCAUCCCUGCUUGGCCAGAAGCAGCUCUCUAUCCAACAUUUUGAAUCGGAGCUCACUUUAGUCCAGGGCACUACCACAGAUGACACUUCCAGCCAGUCAGCUUCUUUGCAACAACUGUCUGAUGCCUCUCUCCCCCCUCUGUCACUCUCGGAGACAGCUUUGCCAGCUCUGGCUCAUGUUCUUUCCCCUUCUCCUGCCCAGCCUUCUUCAGUAGCUGAGUCAGACAGUGAGGGCCCCCCAAAAAUUGAGUUUGUUGACAACCGUAUAAAGACACUGGAUGAGAAGCUGAGGAAUCUGCUCUACCAGGAGCACACCGGUAGUGGGGCCACAAUCUCCACCCAUACUCCCGACCUUCCUUCCUCCACAUCUACAGCUGCCAUAUCAACCAAGGGAGAGGAGUCAUCAGAGUCUUGCCACACACUGCCACCCUCCACCUACUCACUUCCUCCUGCCUGCUCUUCAGAACCCUCUCCACAUUCCUCUUCUAGCACCACCUCCACCACCACUUCUUGCUCUUCCUCCACUUCAUCAGACAGAGAAAGGGAGAAAACAGGAGAUGAUUUCCUCAGCCAGAGUGCUCCAACCCACUCCAUUGCUGUGGAGCACCAGCCAGCCUCAUCCUUCUCCUCUACAUCCCCACCCUGCUCCCUCCUUCCCUCUCCACAGGAGACUGUGCCUGGACCUAUAGCCCCACUCAGUGAAUCUACAGUCCUUGCUGUCCCCUCCCCUUCUGACAGUGUCGCCAUAGAUGCCCUCCAGCCUUCCUUCUCCCAGCAGUCCCUUGCACCAGCAGCCGGACAGCAGCAGCACAAUGAAGGAGAUGAGAAUGCUGGCAGAGUGAAAGAGGACAGCGAGACUCCCUCGGUUACACAGCCUUGUUUGCACAGAGGACGUUUCCAGGUGACUCCAGUCACUCAGCCCGAGGACCUGACUGCUACAGCAGAGCAGGAUCAUAAGAACGUUCCCAAGACUGUGGGACGCUUUUCUAUAAUGAAAGCAGAGGAGAAAGAGGAGCAGUUCACUGACAGCUCGCCUGCUUCUCCAGACCUGGAAAAGAAUAGGAGGAAGACAAAAGCGAAGGACGGAGUAAAGGAAGAAAGAACAGUGCCAGUGGGCUUCCACCACCCAACACGUAGCCAUACGCACUCUCCGACAGGAAGCAGUGACGAUGAGAGUGAGGUGGAGGAUGAGGGCCUGAGGAGGGAACUGCAAAAGCUUAGAGAAAAACACAUUAAGGAGGUAGUGUCGUUACAGGCACAGCAGAAACAAGAACUACAGGAGCUCUACAGGGAAUUGCGCAGUCUCAAAGAUUGCUAUCAUUCCCCUUCAGCUCCUGCAACAUCUCUGGCCAUUUCCCCCCGCCGACCCCGACCCCCAAAACCCAAACCCCGCACACGUCCUCACUCCCACAUUGACAACAACGGUGUCUCGCACCAAGGUUCUCUUCAGCAUUCGAGCAGUUACUCCGGUGAAGAGCAGAACCAGUUACACUCUUACAGCAAAUCUGAGAAAACAGCUGCACUGACCUCAAAAACAGCCCAAGGUUUAUCCAAUAGAGAAAGCACCUUCACAGAUAAACUGCACAAGCUUGUAGAUGAUUGGACAAAGGAGGCCAUUGGACCUGCCAUCCCCAAACCUUCGCUCAAUCAGCUCAAGCAAAUUCAGCAAGCACAGGAUUUAAGUGGCUGGAACCAGCACAAUGAGGCUUCACCUGCGGCCUGGUUCCCCACGACCACCCUGAACCCCACAGGAGGCCCCAUUCCUUCAGCCUGCACUCAGCCCUCCAUUCCUCCUGUAUCACAGCAGAGCCUUCACAUGCAGACCCAGCCCCUUCAGCCGCUUCAGUAUGGCCAGCCUGGCAUGCCUGUCUCUAGUGUUUCCACUUCUCCGGCACCACAAUCCACACCUUCCUUUACAUCCACAGCAGCAGCUCCACUGACCACCAUCGCCACCACCUCCACCACCUCUUGCUCCUCCACAAAUGCAUGAUAUUGCUUCUCUGGUAGGACAACGGUUUCGUAAGGAUGGGACAGGAGAGUAAAGAUUCCCACUUUUGAGAAUGUGAAAGCCAAACACUGAAUUUAAAUUCUUCUGGGUGUGCACAUAUAUUAAGAUUUGAAUGAACUUGACAAUGUUUUUGUUUGGAAUUUUUUUUAUUUUAUUUCAGUUGAUUUUUUUAAAAGAAUAAUCCUAGAAAAAAAGGACUAUUUGAGAAUUUUUAAAGUGCAAUUAGUAACAGAAUUCAUCCUUCUGCAUCAUUGUAAUGUGUGUCUGUAUAGCCUAAUGAGAGAUUUUUUUUUGUUUUGAGACUACACAGAAAGCUGCCGUGUUCAGAGAGAUUAGAGAUCGCACACGCCGCAAUGAGCAGCGAGAGCAAUCGCAUGUUCCCACAACAAAGCAUGAAGAGCGUUACCUCAAAGCCAUGGCCUCAGCCAUGUGACCAAAUUUCCACACUGUUUAACGUAUGUAAUGCACGGCAUGUUCUUUCACGUUUCUUCUAUUUUCUAACACUUCCAAUAAUGAUUUAAUCAGAUGUCAAAAUUAAAGUGUUCUGCAGUUCUAGAGAAAUCUCUUCAAAUCGCCCAGUUUACUUGAAAGUCAAAGCAGCAUUGAUUGCAGUAUUUCCUCUUUUUUAUUAGCAGACUUUUUUUGGGGGGGUCUUUUAGUAAAAUUGUGCAGGACUGGAGGUUUCAGGAUGCUUUAAAAAAAUGUUUGUGCUAGUGCAUCCUAUUUAAGCACAUCAAACUGUGAGUCUUUUAAUUGGUUUUUACAUGUAAGCAUAAUUAAAAAAAGUAUAUACAGUGUCUUCCUCAUCAGACUUAAUUUCGUUUGCUCUCACGUUAUAGUUUGAUGAGUGAUAUUUUAGAAGAGACUACGGGGUAAAUUGAAAAGAAGAAGAUUUGCACCUGUUUCUUUCCUGAGUAGCACUAAACUCUUUUACUUUUCAUUGAGAUGAGGCCAGCCUUAAACCGUAAUUGUUUACAUCUAUAUUUACCCUAUAUCUCAUGCAAAAAAACAAGUAAAUCAGAUUUUAUGGACACACAAAUCCGACACCAGGAGGGCCUGUUAGCUUGCGCUUGAAGUGUUCGGUUUCCCUGGAAAGUAAUUUUUUUACAUACAUUCUGUAUGUCAGUCACGUGGUUUGAAAAUAUGUUUUUAUCAUUAGAGGAGUCAUUCGUUUCGAGCCGAGUGUAAUGUACAGUAGGAUUUUGGUUUUAAAUGUUUUUUGUGUAUUUUUCCAAACGGAAGUUGUCGUGUAAUUUUAGUACGGACUACAGGAUAAGAGAGAGAGGAAAAAAAAAAAAGGGUCAGGAAAAGGAGAGAAGUAUGUUUUGUAAUGUUCCUAACUGUUGACUUGUGGAUGUUAAGUGAACAUAACUGUUGCACAUGAUUACUGCGAUGAUAAAAUGUCCAGUAAAUCUGUGUCGAUUCUCUGUUUUCCGGUGGUGGUGAGUUUAUGUACCGUCGAAUCACUGACUUUUUUUUCCGUCUCAUGCCAUUUGCUCUUUCUAUCCUGAAGUGUUACCAAAAUGUAAUCUAAAAAGAAAGCAUUAUUUUUGUAUUUUGAACCAGGCUUGUAUGAAAACAAAAGAAAAAUUUACAAUGAUAUACUGAUUGGUGUUUCAGAAGCUGUAGUUGUCUUAUUAUGGGUCACAAUGGUUCUCAGCUCUGUUGCUGGUGUUCCCCUGCUUCAGUUCCAAGAUUUCUCCAUGUGUUCACUGAAAUUUAGUCUUAUUUAUAUGGAAAAGUAAAUAAAUCAUUUUCACUGAUCAAGUUUACCAGGGGACCCCAGAUUACUGUAACUGAGUACCAACAAUUAAAGGUUUGUGAUCUAGACUAAGACAAAACCUUUAUUGCAGGUUAUUUAGCUACUGUAAAACCAGACUUAAUACAACUGUUGAUUUUCUUUGUUUUGUAACUAAUCUGAUUAAAUGAUGGUGUUAAACCCCGA